CUCAGUGGACGUGAGUAAGCAGGCACGGAGACUAUUCCACCUCUCCUAUACUCCGGACUUUGGAUUGCUUUGUAUUAUUUUGCUUGCUGUUUCCUUUUGUUAACAAGUUGGCGGGCGCUACAUUUUCAUGCAACAUUUUGGGAAGUUGCUUGAAUUUAAGGCAGAAUGCAAUUCUCUCUGACCACGGAAGAAACAGACUGCAAAAUCUGUGCGGCUCAGUGAGUAGUACGCUGCCAAAGACUGGUUCCUCGGAUAUGCCUGAAACUACUGCAUAAACGGUCAGUCAUAACUCCUGGAACGCAGGUUUAUUGCAAAGGUCUGAUUUGCCCUUCUAUACGACAAUGAUUUUGAGUGUUCGGCGAUUAGAUUGUUUUCAGUGAUGGAUGUCUCCGUUGUUCUGCCUUCUGGGAUUUAAGGAGGGUCAAUGGAGAGACGUGCGCUUCAGUGCGCUUUUAUCACAAUUUGACCAGUUACGGUUUCCUGUUUGGCUUUUGCAUGCAUUCACUGAGCUCUGCAAUUUCACGGCCCAUACGACGUUGAUGUUAGGGCUUUCAGCGUUAUCGUAAAAAUGCUGAACAACAUUUUGUUGCUGAGUGUUUUAACGGUCACCAGUUUCUACUCGAGGACAGAGAGCAGGAAAACUUCGAAAGACAUUUGCAAGAACCGGUGCUCCUGCGAAGAAAAGGAGAACGCAUUAAAUAUAAAUUGUGAAAACAAAGGAUUUACAGCCGUCGGUCAGUUUCAGCCACCACAAAACAAAAUCAGCCAACUCUUUCUGAAUGGAAACUUUCUUACGAAACUAAACCCCAACGAAUUCGUCAAUUAUGGUAAUGUAACAUCUCUUCAUUUGGGUAACAAUGGGCUGCAAGAAAUUAAAACGGGGGCUUUCAAUGGCUUAAAAAAUCUAAAACGCCUACAUCUGAACAACAAUAAUUUGGAAAUAAUAAAAGAGGAUACGUUCUCUGGUUUAGAAAGUUUGGAGUAUUUACAGGCUGAUUACAAUUAUAUCAGCACCAUAGAAGCAGGCGCUUUCAAUAAACUGAAUAAACUCAAAGUCUUGAUUCUCAAUGACAACCUUUUGCUUUCUCUGCCUAACAAUAUAUUUCGUUUCGUUAUGUUGACGCAUUUGGAUUUAAGAGGAAACCGACUGAAGAUGUUGCCGUUUGCUGGUGUUUUAGAGCACAUAGGUGGCAUAAUGGAAAUUCAGCUGGAAGAGAAUCCGUGGAAUUGCACUUGUGAUCUCAUACCACUAAAAUCCUGGCUGGAUACAAUCACGGUAUUUGUAGGAGAUAUUGUUUGCGAAACACCAUUUCGACUGCAUGGAAAAGAUGUCACACAGUUGAUAAAGCAAGAUCUUUGUCCCAGACGCAACGUUGGCGACGCCAGUCAUCGCGCAAUGCAGCCUUCGUCUGAUUCUCAGUACCAGGCGCCCUCUCCCACGUUACGCGCCCGCGUCACGCCAACCAGAGCGCCCAAGGCGUCCCGCCCUCCCAAAAUGAGAAACCGUCCUACUCCUCGCGUGACGUCCAGCAGAGAUAAACAUGUGUUUGGCCCUAUAAUGGUAUAUCAGACGAGGUCUCCGGUGCCAAUGACCUGUCCAGGCAUUUGCGUGUGCACAUCGCAAAACCCAGAUAGUGGAUUAAACAUCAAUUGCCAAGAACGAAAACUGCAUAACAUCUCCGAACUACAACCUAAACCAUCUUAUCCAAAGAAACUGCAUUUAACUGGCAACUAUUUGCAGACAAUAUACAGAACAGAUCUGACAGAAUACAGUUCCCUUGAACUUCUCCAUCUAGGAAAUAACAGAAUAGCUGUCAUUCAGGACGGGGCCUUCGAGAAUCUAACUAGUUUACGUAGGCUUUACCUUAAUGGCAACUACAUUGAAAGUCUCUCCCAGUCUUUGUUCGCUGGACUGCAGAGCUUGCAGUACCUAUACUUGGAAUACAACAUCAUCAAAGAGAUUUUACCACAUACCUUUAACUCACUGCACAAUCUGCAGUUACUGUUCCUUAAUAAUAACCUAUUGAGAUCCCUGCCUGAUAACGUAUUUGGAGGGACGAUGUUAACCCGACUUAAUCUCAGAAACAAUCAUUUUUCACAUUUGCCAGUACGUGGUGUGCUGGACCAGCUCUCAGCAUUCAUUCAGAUCGAUCUUCAGGAGAACCCGUGGGACUGCACCUGCGAUAUUGUGUCACUUAAGAACUGGAUGGAACUGUCCAGCACCAGCGUGGUGGUCAAUGAGAUUACAUGCGAUUCGCCGUCAAAACACGCCGGGCGGCUUCUGCGCUCUCUGCGAAACGAUGCCAUCUGCCCAGAGACGAGCGAAGUCCCGCCAACCAAGGCGACCACUGUUAUUAGCUCGAGCACUGAAGCGACGCCGUUCUCUGCCAUAACCCCCACGGACAAGGUGCCGGAAGUACACCCAGAAGUGCCCUUGUCCGUUCUCAUCCUGGGCCUUCUCGUUGUGUUCAUUCUCUCGGUUUGCUUCGGGGCAGGUUUGUUCGUGUUUGUCCUGAAACGUCGCAAGGGAGUGGAGAAUGUUCCUUCCGGUGCCAAUAAUCUGGAUUUGAACUCAUUCCAAGUACAGUACGGCUCUUACAAUACGGAAUCGAGCGCAGGAAAAAGUGAGAGUCAUGUGUACAACUACAUCCCUCCCCCAGUCGGUCAAAUGUGUCAGAACCCUAUUUACAUGCAGAAGGAGAACGAGCAGGUAGCGUAUUACCGGAAUAUGAAAGAACUGAGUUUCAGUACACUGGACCCGAAAAAAGAGGAGCUCGCUCGUAGCCCCGCUUACACAAUAAGCACAGUGGAGUUCAUUGACAAGCAGCCCUGUGCCAACCGAGAGCCCGAGCUGCUUUAUCAGAACAUUACAGAGAGAGUGAAGGAGCUCCCUGCCGCCGGGCCACUCAGCUAUAACUUUUGCACUUUACCGAAAAGACCCUUCAUUCAACCGCACGAGACUACGCGACGGCACAACCAGGAUCGAUUAAACAAAACCGUUCUGUACGGGACCCCGAGGAAGUAUGCUGAAACCUCAAAAAAUGAGCAUCCAUUGUUGCCCGGAAAGCUGAAAACAGAGCCAGACUACCUCGAAGUUCUGGAGAAACAAACUGCAAUGAGUCAGCUGUAAAACUAUUUCACGUCAAGUUGACACAGUCAAUAUAAUCGUCACACAAAAUGUAUUAUCUGUGUAUUCGACAAAAAAGACUCGAGCAACUCAAGCUAAGCCUUUUCAUCGUUAUAUUUCCGAGCAAAAUCUGUACAAAAAAAAAGAAAAGAAAAAAAGUAACCGCAUUUUAAAGAUGCUAUAUUAUUUUCUCUAAGGUAUAAAUUAUUUACUGUACUUGAAACAUAAAGACUGUAGCAAUUGUCGCAAGAACAUGUAUAAUACAGCUUAACGCAUUUUAUAUGGAGUAUAUUUUUUCUUCAGAGGACGACGCUUUUCAGAAGCGUGAUAGUGAAUCAUGAAAUGACAUUCCUGUAUGGUGUACGAUGGUGAGUGGGAUACACAAUAACUGGUUACAUCCACUUCAACUCAUUGAUUCCAGAAGUGCCUUUGCACUCGAAGAAUUUUGUCUUUGUUUUCUGUUAAUUGAAAUUUUAUAAGUGAUGUAUUUUAAAGACUCUUUAUGUAAAAUAGAAUUAUUUGUCCAUUGCAUUAAACUCAGAAAGGAAAAGAUACUCUAUUUAUUGGUAGAAAAUUCUGUUUUGAAAUCUGCGCCUGUUUAGAAUUUAGAUUGUUUGGCCUAAGCUAAAUUGGCUUUACA